AUGUCAGAAAAACGAGCAGCAAUUGCGAAUAAGAUAACCGAUUUACUAGUCAAGACCGGUGAGAAACAGCGUCUUUUGGCAUUUAUCGAGGAUCGGCUUAUAGAGACUGGGUGGAAUGAAAAAGUGAAGCAAGCUUGUAAAGACUACAUCAAAAGUAAGGGUGUGGAUAAUAUCAACGUAGAAAUGGUGGUGCAAGCUAUCACCCCAUCCGCAAGACAAGUUAUUCCCUCAGAAGUACGACAAGACGUACUGGACCAUCUGAAGAGAUUUCUUGUACAGUAUGAUAUUGAAGUUUGA